CAUCACGCAUGGGAAAGCCAACAGGGUGUUUAUAACCCCUAUUUACCAAUUAUCGAUUUCGUGGCUAUGACGUCCCAUUUGGCUGCGUUUAAACAAACCAGUUCCAACGUAUUGUUUUUCAGUUAAAUGGCCUGGCAUGUGCUCAUUCGAUAAUUUGCUUCGAAAUAACCUGCAGAAAGACCAGAAUCCGUUAGAAAAUGAAUAACUUGGAGCAUACCCAAUACGUACCAACCAAAACCCUACUUAAACCCAUUAUUGGUGGCCUGCUUAUUAUGCCAAUUUCCUUGACACUAUGGGUAUUUGGCACCAUACGGUCUAAUUAUCUUAGUGCAGAUGAUGUCUCUGAUACUUCCCCUGUUAGGUGGUUCAUUGCAACAUUAGUCCCGGCCAUCAUUUCUUAUAGAGGUCUCAAGAAAAACAGCCUUAGUCUAACCGGUGCUCUCCUAGGAUACUUUGUAGGAUUUAUUCUAACUAUAACAAGCUAUGCUUACUUGGCAAGUCUCAUGAUGUUCUUUCUUUCUUCAUCAUGGGCCACUAAAUUUAGAAGUGAAAAAAAAAAAUCAUUGGAGGAAGAUUUUAGAAAAGGAGGACAAAGAAAUUGGGUUCAGGUCAUUUGCAAUGGUGGGGUUGCCGCAUAUCUUGGUGUAAUAUAUUUUAUCGAAUCUGGAUCUGGAGAACAUGCAAUUGAUUUCCACCAUCACUACAGGCAAUCUUGGCUAUCGAUUGCGAUUUUAAGCACAAUUUCCUGCGCAAACGGAGAUACAUGGGCGUCUGAGUUUGGAACAGUUAUGACUGACAUUCCGCCCCGGUUAAUUACAAAUUGGAAGAACGUUCCCCGUGGUACAAAUGGAGGUGUUACCUGGGUAGGCAUCUUAAUGAGCGCGCUUGGUGGUCUUGUGGUAGGAGUAGCCUAUUAUGUUACUCUUCUUUUACGUUUGGAUGCCGACAUUCUUGAAGUUAACAUCAGCCAAUGGCCUCUAAUGUUAACUGGGCUUUUUGGCGGCUUAAUAGGAAGUUUACUCGAUUCUUUUCUUGGUGCUACGUGUCAGUUUUCUGGCGUUGAUGAGCAAACCGGCAUCAUAGUAGAAUAUCCACGUCCGGGUGUCAGAAAAGUCAGUGGGUCUCCCUGGCUUGAUAAUCAUAGUGUCAACUUGAUUUCUUCAUUUUUAGCUGCCCUUUUUGUUACAUGGAUAUCCAUUUAUUUCUGGCCAAAGUAAGCAGUUUAUUUUU